AUGUUUAAAUUAGAUAUGGCAGCCGAUCCCAAGGAGAUGGCAGCCAUUGAGGCCAGAAGGAAUAGAGAAAAGGAGCGACAGAACCGAUUUUUCAAUGUGCGGAACCGACUCAUAGGGGUGGAUAUUGAAGCUCUGAACAACCAGGUGGAAGAGCGAAAGAUUCGGGAAGCCGAAGAGCGCUACAAGGAGCAUGUUUAUGGUGUCAGCUACAUGCAGAAUGACAUGGCAUCCCAGAUGCUAGAGAAGGAAGCAGCAGAACGUGCCUACCGGAAGGCUAAGACAAUGCAAAAUCACUGCGACCAGAAGCAGUGCCUCCACAAGAACGAAUACAACCUUUGGAAUUCAAACCCACUGUGGCCACAGCCCGGUGUCAGUGAUCCCUACUGUGAUGCCUCCAGCCUGCAGUAUUUCUCUGGGGAUGAGCUGCACAAGGCUGCAUGCCUGAGAAUGCAGCAGGAGCAGUUCAGAGCCAGCCUCAAUACUCAGGUGCAACAGCAACAGCAAGCCAAGACUGAACAGCUGCGUGUAGAUCAGCUCAGUGACCAGCUGCGGAUGGCCGCAGAGCUGCGGGCCAGUCAGAUCGCCAAGCUGGAGGAGUCCUGCCGCAUAGCCAUGAAAUGUGCGAUGGCCAACGCCAACAAGGCCCAGGCAGCUGAGAAGGCCAGGCGGCAGCGCACCGAGCGGCAGCGUGAACAGGCGGCCAACCGCAAGGAGAUAUGGAGCCAGGUCAACAGUGACCUGCUGACCGAGAACCCGAAGGUGGCCCAGAACACCAAGGCCCUGCACCGGGUCCUGCCUCACAGCUGGAAGGGCAUGACUCCAGAGCAGCGAGCAGCCAUCCGCAAGACCCAGGAGGCCCAACGCCAAGAGAGAGAGGCCCAGCGCCAGGCUGAGAAAGCUCAGGAGGCCGAAUGGCAGAAGCAGACAGCGUGUGCCGCCAAGGCGACAGAGGAGCUGGAAGAGCAGGAGAGGAUACUGUGUGCCGAACUGCGCAGGGGGCUAGGCUCCCUCAACCAGUACCUGGCCUCCGAGCAAAAAGCUCAGCAGAAGCAUCUGAACUCGAUGAUCUACACCAACCAGCCUACAGACCAGUACUACCUGCAGUUCAACACCAGCAGCCGCUGAGUUCACAGUGGGCAUCUCUUCCCCCCCCCCCCCCCGCCACCUUCCUCUUCAUCAAGCUCAACAGAUGCCUGGAGGGGAAGUCGACAAGUCUCUGAACCCUCACCCCUAACCCAUUCCCCCCCCCCCCCCCCCCCGGGAGAGAUCUGAGCCAAUACCCUCACUUUCUACCUGAGAAAAUACAUUUAUUCAUUAACCUCAAGGUCACAUGUUGUUGGAACAGGACACAAACAGUGUGAUGUAGCACCUUGCCCAGCCCCACAGCUACGCCCA